CAUAGUUUGUGUUUUGACUCUUAAGAGUGAAGGUGCUUAAAACGAAUUUUCCGCUACAUAGAAUUUAUUCAUUUGUAUGCAAUAGUUAGUCGAAUAAAAUGCCAACACACUCUUAGCUAAGCUAAAAUAAUAUAUUUUUGGAAUAAAUGAUUAUUUUCAUAUUACUGAUUUGAAACCGAGUUGCUUAAAAGAAUAUAUCAACAUGAUUGGAAGUGAUUAUGUACUUGAAGCUCAUAAUAUAUAUCAUACGGCUGAGGUUGAUAGCGGAGGUUGCUUGAAUGUCGAAGAAAAUUCGGCUCUUGUGCUAAAGGGUGUAAGUUUAACUUUGCAUUCAGGCGAAGUAAUGGCAGUACUGGGUUCGAAAGGAAGUGGAAAAAAAGCAUUGCUCGAUGUAAUUGCAUGUCGUGCUGAAAAAAAUACUCGUGGCCAAGUACUCUUGAAUGGUUCAACGUUGAAUAAAUCAAUCUUUCAACAGAAAUGUGGUUAUGUAACGCAUUCAGUUGAUUUCAUUAGUGGGUUGACCGUGUCUCAAACACUCCACUACACACCGACUGUAUUCAAUGGAUAUUCAAAAAGUUCAAAAGUGCGUCAAAUCCUAGCAGACUUGGCUCUGUCACAGGUAGCCCAUAAGCGCGUUGAAUAUUUAAAUACGAGUGAAAAACGGCGACUUUCAAUCGGUGUUCAAUUGGUUCGGGAGUCGGUUAUGGUACUUCUGGAUGAGCCAACAAUGAAUCUCAAUCCAUUAGAUGCGUAUUUGCUAGUAUCCAUUCUGUCAAAUUACGCCAAGAAAACUGGCUGUGGCAUAUUACUUUCGAUGGAAAAGCCCCGCUCAGACGUUUUUCCAUUUUUGGAUAGAGCAUUGUUCUUAUGUCUUGGUGGUGUUGUUUACUCGGGAUCUACGCGUGGAAUGCUCGAAUAUUUUCACAGCAUUGGGUUUCCUUGUCCACAACUUGAAAAUCCAUUAAUGUACUAUCUUUGUCUGUCAACAGUAGAUCGAAGAAGUCGCGAGCGGUUUGUUGAAUCGAGUCAACAAAUUGAAGCUUUAGUACAGCGUUUCGCACGAGAAACACCAUUACCUGAUGUUCCAAUAAAUCCAAUUGGAUCUGGGUUUUCCGGCAAGGUUCCAUUGUCGUAUGGAAAGCCAAGUGAAAUCAAAGUAUGGGGAAUGCUUUAUUUAAAAUUACUUGCCGCUACGUUUUCAUGCAGUCACGCUGGAUUGAAAUCAUUAUUUCUACGAUUAUUUGCAUUGCCGGCUGCUAUGGGUCUUAUGUGGAUAUUUUAUAGUAAUGUGGGAGAUGAUGCAAAAGGAUUUUAUAGCAAAAGUGCUAUGAUAUUAAACAUAUUGGGCUUGGCCUAUGGUACUGGUGUGUGGGUCACAAUAAGUUUAUUUCCACCGUGGCGUAAUCGAUUUAGCAAAGAAUAUGAUGAUGGUUUAUAUACAGGGACCACAUUACUUCUAGCUUACGAAUCAGUAUCAUUGCCUUUUUCAAUCAUAUCAACGGCACUCUCAGUUUGUAUCCUAUAUCCAAUCUUCUUGAACGCCAACGAUCCAGACGGCACUGCAUUCACAUAUAUGCUGGUUGCAUUAUGGAGCAGUUAUAUAUUGGCCGAACAGCUUUCAAUAACUUUGCUUCUAUUUGUUAAAUCAAGAAUAAAUGUUGCGAUCAUUGUGAGCUAUAUUUUUUGUGUGAGCCUAGCACUGGCAAGUGGAACGGUACGUUCAUAUAAGGGCUUAGCACCAUGGCUGCAGGAAAAUACAAAAGCAACACAUACACGAUACGCAAGCACCUUAUUACAUAGUGCCGUUUUUCUGACGCGUCGUAUGAAUUGUAUACCGAAUUCGGUAACUGUUUGUCCACUCACUUCAGAGUAUUUGUAUGAGAAAUUAGGACGGGCUCUUCCCCAAGAAAACAUCGAUAUGGCAGCCUCCAUUGGUUUCGCCGUUGGUUUUAUCGUAUUUAAUAUGUUACUUUAUUUAAUUCCAGUUCCCAUUUUUAUACGCCGGAAAUUUAAAGAAUGAUGCAUUAUUAUUAUAAUUAUUUUUAUUAUUUAAAUAAACAGUACAUACAUGUAACGUUUAAAGCAAUAAAUUUAGACAUUUCGACAGUCACAUUA